AUGGAUACAAACUUACGGCAUCGCCAUGAGGGGGCAGAGACAGAUGUGAUCGAACCGAAUAACAAUGUAAGAAAGCUGAAAGAUCCGCGAGUUAUGUUUUUCAAGACAAAAGAAUUCCAUAUAAGAGAAUCCUUACUUACGACUCUCUUCCGCGAGACCGAAAUCGGAGUGGUCUACAACCUUUUCGCAGCUGUAUUUAUUCUAUUUUUUCUCAGAGCCCUUAUUGAUGAUGUUUUUACCCAUGGCAUACCGUUCUACCACUUUUGGCUGAUUGGCUGGAAUUUUCAAUAUCUACCAGCAACACUAUUCGUCUGGUCAUUGAUGUUUCUAUCAAGUUUUAUUCCUUACGCUGGUUUGAAAAUUUGGGCCCAUGUCCCGGCUAAAGGAGAAGUGAGCCUUAGGAGCGAGGUAUGUAAUUUUUUAUUACAUGAAUAAAU